CAAUCCCCCCGGGGCCCCCCCCAGUCCCCCCCAGCCCCCCGCUUCCCGUGCCCCCGUGGGGGCCAUGUCGGACUCGGUGCUGCUCCUGCGCCGGGUGCGUGAGCGCAGCGGCGAGGCGGCAGCGGCGGCGGCGGCGGCAGCAUCCGGGGGGGCCUCCUCGUCCCCUGGCCCCGCCCCGCGGCGCAAGCGCGGCCGCCGCCGCCGCUUCUACCCCGAGCACCGCGUGUACCGGGCGCGCAGCUCCUUCCUGGACCUGAGCGAGGAGCAGGUGCUGCGGCGCUACCGCCUCGACAAGGCCGCCAUCGCCGGGCUGUGCCGCGAGCUGGGCGCCGACCUGGAGAGCCUGACGGGGCGCAGCCACGCGCUGCCGGUGGCCGUCAAGGUGACGUCGGCGCUCACCUUCCUGGCGUCGGGCUCCUUCCAGACGGCCACGCGCGACUCCACCGGCAUCAGCCAGUCGGCCAUGUCCAACUGCCUGGCGCAGUUCCUGGAGGCGCUGCAGCGGCGGGCGGCGCGCUACAUCGCCUUCCCCGCGCCCGGCCGCCCCGCGCCGCCCGCGGGCACCGGCGCCUUCCCCGGCGUGCUGGGGCUGCUGGGCAGCAUGCACGUGGCGCUGCGGGCGCCGUCGGAGAACGAGGUGGCUUUCCGCAACGCCCGCAACUUCCACUCCAUGAACAUGCAGGUGGUGUGCGACGCCGCCGGCGCCAUCACCAACGUGGUGGCCAAGUUCCCCGGCUCCUGCCCCAACGCCGCCGUGCUGGAGAAUUCGGCGCUGGCGCGGCUGCUCGAGGGGGCGCGGCCCGAGGGAGCCUGGCUGCUGGGCGACCGCAGCUACCCGCUGAAGACGUGGCUGAUGACGCCCAUCCUCUUCCCGUGCGGCGCGGCGGAGGAGCGCUACAACGCGCUGCACCACCAGGCGCUGGCCGCCCUGCGCCAGACCCGCGCCCUCCUCAAGCGCCGCUUCCGCUGCCUGGACGCGGCGGGCGGCUGCCUGCAGUACGCCCCGCAGAAGGUCUGCCAGAUCUUCCUGGCCUGCUGCGUCCUGCACAACAUCGCCCUGCGCCGCCGCAUGCCCCUCGAGCCCCCCGAGGGCCCCGAGCCCGACCCCGAGCCCGAGCUGCCGCUGCAGGCGCCCCACGUGCAGAUCUCCAGCGAGGCCCGGGCCGUGCGCGCCCGCAUCGUGCAGCAGGUGAAGGACAGCAUGGGCUGAGCCCCGAACGCCGCGGGGGGGACGCUCGGGAGGCGUUUACCCCCCCCCGGGGACCAGAUCACCCGGAUUUAGGGCCCGGCAGCGGGGGGACGCGGUGCAUGCGGCGUCCCCGGAGGGAUGCGGGGGGUCCCCAUCCGUCCCCCAGCCCUGAGGGCUCAGCACACGGGGAGCCGGUGCCCUUCCAUACCACUGACUGGGGAUUUUGGGUGAAUAAAUGUAUUUUCCAGCAGUGCCUGCUCCGGGGGAGGAUCGUGGCACCGCUCCCGUGU